AUCUCGAAAAGUGUUUUAGACGCGAAGCUUGAAGCUUGCAAAUUCGCAUUCUUGAAGCUAAGUGCGGUGAAAACGACGAGAAUGAAGAACUAUAAGCAAUUGCGUACCUUGCUUAUGUUGAAAGAAAUAUCUCGACGUGGUGCUGAUCGAGACGUUCUCAAGGAUCCGGAGAACAGUGUAACCCGAAUCCUGUGUUCGGUUUUAAAGCAAGUGGUGAGUAACUCAGACCGUUCUCUAAAGUCUCUUCGUGGGUUUCACUAUGAGACAUUGGAUGAUCAAGAGAAGCAGCAGGUGACGAGGAUGAUAGCGAGUGUACAAGGAAUGGGUAGUAGAAAAUACGAACCAGAGACCGUUGAUCAAUCAGAUGACAUGACCGAGCCAAUGGAAAUGGAGAUUUACUUGGGAAACGGCGAUGAUUCUGUCGGCGCGGACUUCAGUGACAUUGUUUUGGAGCCAAUCUCAUGGCCUUUGGAGUCUCAGCUAACUCUUGAAUGGGUUGAGACUUUGAUGGGUGUGCUCAACACGUUCACAUGGAAGAACUCGGUUUCUGAGUUCCCUUUGGUACUCCCACUUUCUGUGGCUGUUUCUCUGGUGGAUUGUGCUUCGCAGAUACUAGACAAAGAAGCCAAUUGCGUUAGAAUCGAUUGCUGUGGCGAGAGUUCUAGAGUGAUUGUGGUUGGGGAUCUCCACGGCCAGUUACACGAUCUCCUGAAAAUCUUUGAUCAGGAAGGAAGGCCUUCACAGAACCAAUGUUUUGUGUUCAACGGUAACUACAUUGGUCGAGGUUCUUGGAGCCUAGAAGUGUUCUUGGUUCUCUUAGCUUGGAAGAUUCUGAUGCCUGAGAGUGUAUAUUUACUUCGAGGAAGCUCUGAAACAAGAGUAUCCGCAGAAGAGCUUGAUUUCUUGAAAGAAAUAUGUGACAGAUACGCUGAGGACGGUCCGAUGCUGUACUCCAAAUGUAUCGAUUGUUUCAAACUAUUACCAUUGGCGUCAGUGAUAUCGAACAGCGUCUACACAACCCAUGGAGGUCUCUUUCAAAGUUCUCGUGUCCAAGAAGAUACCACGAAUCCGUCUUUGUUGUUGGGUUCUUUAGAGGAACUUGACAAGAUCGAGAGGAGACAAGUCGGUGAGAACGAUGAUGAGAACAUAACUCUUAAUCAUGUUUUAUGGUCAUGUCCAUGGAUGGCUGAUGGUCUGAACGAAAGUAAUUACAAGGGGCUUCUUUGGGGAGCGGAUUGCACCGAGUCUUUUCUAAAACAGUCCAACUUGAAAAUGAUUAUAAGAUCACAUGAAGGCCCCGAUGCAAGAUCAGAUCGAGAAGACAUGGGAAACAUGCUGAGUGGUUACUCAAUAGAUCAUGAAGUGGAAUCUGGAAAGCUUUUCACAAUCUUCAGCGCUUCAAAUUUCUCACAGGGAUCGAGAAACUAUGAAAACGAAGGCGCAUAUGCUGUUCUUGAGCCUCCCAACUUCACAGAGCCUAGAUUUGUUUCUUACACAGUCGAAAAUGUCCCAAGGUUACAAAAUCAGAUAACAAUUGAUGGAUCUUCAGCACAACAACAGCUAAUGUGGGAGAAUAGAACAGGACAGGCUUUUGCAUCAGUGGGGAUUUCUAAUCCGCCUUCUUGGAAUGUUCCUUUACCAAGUGACCCAAGUCAAAUCAUUCAGCUUCGAGAGCCUCCACAAGUCUUUGAAGGUUUUCCUCUUCCAGAAACCAUUGAGGAGCCUCACAAAUCCAACUAUGACUACUUGUUCAGACUCAUAAGCGCUCUCAAACAGGAGAUUCAAACUAGGGACACCCGCGAGAAAGAACUGAUGGAUCAUCUGACGAAGACGAAAGCUACAUUGGAGGUCAUAAGCCAAAUGUCAUCUUCUCUCUGA